UUAAUAUUUUUCCGACACUACAAGAACAGCUUUGGUGCAAUGAGGGACUUGUCCCUAUGCGGCUGUGUUACCAUGGUGAUGUUGGAACGCUGGACGGACCCGGGAACCAUGGAACCCGGGCCGCCAUCUUUGAAAUGGGACGGGAAAUUGCGGACACUCAUGCAACUUGCAGGUCGUGUCCUGGUAGGGCUGAUGUUCUUGCGCCUCGCCACUCACCUUGGGUCACGAAACGUCUUGCUGCUGUUCGGAUAUCUCCUGCUAGGUGGUGUUAUCCUCGGAUUUAAAACCCGGGUGUGCGCGGGACUUCUCUCGGUCCUGUUCUUCCUGACGAACCUGACCGUGUGCUCCUGGUGGCUGGAGGAGUCAGACUCCCCCCAGCGGGAGUUCCUCCGCUCCGAGUUCUUCCUGAACUUCGCAGCGAUCGGCGGGUUGCUGCUGGAGACCGUGGUCGGGCCGGGCAAGGCGUCCAUGGACGCGCAGAGGGGCAGGAGGGUCAGCAGGUCACAGUAGUUAAACAGCUGUAAUCGUUUGUGUAUUUUUUAAUCAGUCCGAAAGAGGGCGCUCGUGUACGGUUGUUGUUGACCGUGACUCACGUUAUAUUAU